GAUUUAAUUUGCGUAGGGGAGCUUUCACUUUGCAGAAUGGUGAAAAUAGCUUUGCAAAUAAAAGCCGAUCUUGAGAACCUGACAAACUUUCGAGCACAUGGAGAGGAUUUCCGUUGGUACUUGAAGUUAAAGUGCUCUAAUUGCAAUGAGGAGACACCAGAAUUUGUAUAUCUAUCAUUGGAUGAGAACACUCCGGUAAAAGGGGGAAGAGGACACGCAAGUUUAGUAAUGAAGUGUAAGCUGUGCAGCAGAGAAAACCAUAUAGAUAUAUUAAGAGAUUCAAUCAAGCCAUACUGUGACAAGGAUGUAGGAAAGUUUGCUACAAUAGUUGCAUUUGACUGUAGAGGAAUAGAACCAGUUGACUUCUCCCCAAGAGCAGGGUUUGUUGCUGAAGGAGUGGAAUCUGGGACACCAUUUAAUGAAAUUGCCUUCAAUGAAGGGGAUUCAGACUGGGUGGAUUACGAUGAACCAGCAAGUCAGUCUGUGGGAGUGUAUAACAUAGAACACAAGUUUGUUGUGGUCAAAUAGGACAUGAAGUCUAUCUUUUAAUUGUGUGCAUAAUAAAUGAAUGUCACAAAUCU